AUGUCAAACAGCAGCUCCAUCAGCCAGUUCCUCCUCCAAGCAUUUGCAGACAGGCGGAAGCUGCAUCUCUUGCACUUCUGGCUCUUCCUGGGCAUCUACCUGGCUGCCCUCCUGGGCAACGGCCUCAUCAUCACCACCAUUGCCUGUGAGCACCACCUCCACACCCCCAUGUACUUCUUCCUCCUCAACCUCUCCCUCCUCAACCUGGGAUCCAUCUCCACCACUCUGCCCAAAGCCAUGGCAAAUUCCCUCUGGGACAAGAGAGACAUCUCCUACAAGGGAUGUGUUUCACAGCUCUUUCUCUUUGCCUUCUUUAUAGUGGCAGAAAUCUCUCUCCUGACCAUCGUAUCCUACAACCGCUACGUGGCCAUCUGCAAACCCCUGCACUACGGGAGCCUCCUGAGCAGCAGAGCUUGUGUCCACAUGGCAGUAGCUGCCUGGGGCACUGGCUUCCUCUAUUCUCUGCUGCACACAGCCAAUACAUUUUCCCUGCCCUUCUUCCAGGACAAUGCCCUGGACCAGUUCUUCUGUGAAAUCCCCCAGAUCCUCAAGCUCUCCUGCUCACAUUCCUACUACAAGGAUUUUGGGCUUCUUGUCAUCAGUGCCUUUUUGAGUUUUGGGUGUUUUGUUUUCAUAAUGGUGUCAUAUGUGGAGAUCUUCAGGGCUGUGCUGAGGAUCCCCUCUGAGCAGGGAAGGAACAAAGCCUUUUCCACGUGCCUCCCUCACCUGGCUGUAGUCUCCCUGUUCAUCAGCACAGCCAUCUUUGUCUUCCUGAAACCCCCUUCCAUCUCUUCCUCGUCCCUGGACCUGGUGUUGUCAUUUCUGUUGUCGGUGGUUCCUCCAGCAGUGAACCCCCUCAUCUACAGCAUGAGGAACCAGGAGCUCAAGGGUUCUCUUAGGAAACUGAUUGCAAUGACAUUUUUCAGCAACGAGAAAUUCAUCAUUCUCCAGAAAUGA